GAAGCUCGUAGGGCCCGAAGGGGCUGUUUCAGAGUUCUGAGCCGCAAAACCCUCGGAGUCGGUGGCUGUGCAGCUUGGGUGUCCCAUCCUCGGCUUAGGGGCACAGGCUUGCGGGCGGACCUGGGGACGGCCGAGGAGGCAUCGUGUCCUUCCUCCAGGAAGGAAGGAGCUUCCGGAGCUUUCCUGGGAGGCUCGCUAGGGCUGCGGAGAUAACCUGAGACCCUGCAACAGGCUCGGGGGCCCAAGGACCAUCCCAGGCCUUGAAAGAGUUGGUAUCUCUCAGUCACUGCCCUGGAGAGGCAGGUGUUUGACUUCCUGGGCUACCAGUGGGCGCCCAUCCUGGCCAACUUCGCCCACAUCGUCGUCGUCAUCCUGGGACUCUUUGGCACCAUCCAGUACCGGCCGCGCUAUGUGGUGGUGUACAUGGUGUGGGCAGCCAUCUGGGUCACCUGGAACAUCUUCAUCAUCUGCUUCUACCUGGAAGUUGGGGGCCUCUCACAGGACAGCGAGCUACUGACCUUCAGCCUCUCCCAGCAUCGCUCCUGGUGGCGUGAGCACUGGCCAGGGUGUCUGCAUGAGGAGGUGCCGGCAGCUGGCCUCGGGGCCCCCCAUGGCCAGGCCCUGGUGUCAGGUGCCAUCUGUGCCCUGGAGCCCAGCUCUGUGGAGGCCCUACACAGCAGCCUGCAGAUCCUGAUUGCGCUUCUGGGUUUUGUCUGUGGCUGCUACGUGGUCAGCGUGUUUACGGAGGAAGAGGACAGCUUUGAUUUCAUUGGUGGAUUUGAUCCAUUUCCUCUCUACCAUGUCAAUGAAAAGCCAUCCAGCCUCUUGUCCAAGCAGGCGUGCUUGCCUGCGUAAGUGAGGAAAUUGCUGAUCCUGCUCCUGUGGACUCCAGCCUCAGCAACCAACCAGCGACAAUGCCAGGAGCCCCCAGGCCUUGGGACGCACCCCCACCCGGCACCCUCCAGGUGGCCGGCAGCACCUGCCCUGGGUUCUAAGUGCUGGACACCACCCAGGGCGGCAGCCACAGCCGGCUGCAACUUCAAGAGAGUUUGUAAUUUUCUUUCUCUUAAAAAAGAAAGCAAACAAGCAAGCAUACAAAAGAAAAGGCAGAGCCCCACAUGCCCACCGCCUCCGGCAACGUGGGGGACACAGCUCUGCCCCCAGGCCGUCGUCGCGUGGAGGAGCCCCUCUCUCAGGUGCCCAGCUGGGGCCGCUGGACCCUCGGGCUGCAAGCACCGCUGCUGGGGCGCAGCGAGGCGGGAACGGCACAGCACCCCAAGAAGUCAAUGUGAGCCCUGAGACUGUGAGCCCCGAGACCCGGCAAGCGGCGAGGGCCCCCGUUGAACAUGGAGGGUGCCCAACCCCAAACUUGCGCCAGAAGAACCCCCACCGCCGCCAGGAGCUGAGGCUGAUGGAGUCCUGGGGUGUGGGCUGGGCUUGACCAAGAAUGGCAGAGCCAGGCCCCAAGGCAUAGCGCAGGGCAUGUGGUGGUGACAAGGGGGCGGUACCCUUGUAAAGAGGGGUCUUGGGCAAACAGUCCCAAAGGCUCCCCCAGGUAUCAUCAAGUUGGUAAAUAAACAGGAACAUGGCCCUC